AUGGCAGCUCAGCGGAUCCGAGCGGCCAACUCCAGCGGCCUCCCUCGGUGCAAGUCCGAGGGGACCCUGAUUGACCUGACCGAAGGGUUUUCAGAAACGAGCUUUAAUGAUGUCAAAGACACUUACAACUGGCCCUUGAACUACCGGGACUCCACCCUGAGCGACAGCGGGGUGAUCGACCAUCUUCCAGACAGCCCAGACGAGGUGGCCAAGGAGUUAGACCUGCUCGGGGGGUGGACAGAGGACAAGGGACCGAGCAAGACCUACAGCAAUAACCCCUUCUGGAACGGGGCCCAGACAAACCCGUUUCUGAACGGGAACGCGCCGGCGAUGCCCAGCUUGGACGAGCUGACCCCCAGAAGCACCGUGGAUUUGCUCCUUUUUGAUACGGGCACGUCGUCGUUCACCGAAUCCAGCUCCGCGACCACCAACAGCGUCGGCAACAUCUUUGACGAGCUGCCGGCCGCAGGCCGCCUCCAGGCCGAGGCGCCGGGCAAGCGGGACAACCCCUUCUUCAGAAGCAAGCGCUCCUACAGCCUGUCGGAGCUCUCCGUCCUCCAGGCCAAGUCCGACGCCCCCGACUCCUCGGGCUUCUUCACGGGCCUGAAAUCCCCGGCCCCGGAGCAGUUCCAGAGCCGGGAGGACUUCCGUGCCGCCUGGCUGAGCCACCGGAAGCUGGCCCGGUCUUGCCACGAUCUGGACCUGCUGGGCCAGAGCCCCGGGUGGGGCCAGACCCAGGCGGUGGAGACGAGCAUCGCGUGCAAGCUGGACAGCUCCGGGGGCGCCGUGCAGCUGCCCGACAGCGGCAUCAGCAUCCACGUGCCCGAGGGCCACGUGGCCCCGGGGGAGACGCAGCAGAUCUCCAUGAAAGCCCUGCUGGACCCCCCGUUGGAGCUCAACAGCGACAGGUGCAGCAGCGUCAGCCCGGUGCUGGAGGUGAAGGUGAGCACCCUGGAGGUGAAAACCUUCAUCAUCGUGGAGAUGAAAGUGUCGGCCGAGGUGAAAAACGACAUCUUUAGCAAAAGCACGGUGGGUCUCCAGUGCCUGAGGAGUGACUUGAAGGAGGGACCCUAUGUCCCCAUCCCACUCACCUACAGCUAUGGGGACACGGUCCAGGUGCAGCUGGACAACCUAGAGCCCUGUAUGUACCUGGCCGUUGUGGCCCACGGCCCCAACAUUCUCUACCCUUCCACGGUGUGGGACUUCAUCCACAAGAAGAUCACCGUGGGCCUCUAUGGGCCCAAACACAUUCACCCAUCCUUCAAGACCGUGGUGACCAUUUUUGGGCACGACUGUGCCCCGAAGACGCUGCUGGUCAGCGAGGUCACCCGCCAGGCCCCCAGCCCUGCCCCCGUGGCCCUGCAGCUCUGGGGUAAGCACCAGUUCGUCUUGUCCAGGCCCCAGGAUCUCCACGUCUGCAUGUUUUCCAACAUGACCAACUACGAGGUCAAGGCCAGUGAGCAGGCCAAGGUGGUGAGGGGGUUCCAGAUGAAGCUGGGCAAGGUGAGCCGCCUCAUCUUCCCCAUCACCUGCCAGAACCCCGGCGAGCUGUCCGACUUCACCCUGCGGGUUCAGGUGAAGGGCGACCAGGAGGCCAUCCUGACGCAGUUUUGCGUGCAGACUCCCCAGCCGCCCCCCAAAAGUGCCAUCAAGCCCUCCGGGCAAAGGCGGUUUCUCAAGAAGAACGAGGUCGGGAAAAUCAUCCUGUCCCCGUUUGCUGCCACCACCAAAUACCCGACUUUUCAGGACCGCCCGGUGUCCAGCCUCAAGUUCGGCAAGCUGCUCAAGACCGUGGUGCGGCAGAGCAAGAACCACUACCUGCUGGAGUACAAGAAGGGGGACAGCGUCGCGCUGCUCAGCGAGGAGAAGAUCCGGCUGAAGGGGCAGCUGUGGACCAAGGAGUGGUACAUCGGCUACCACCAGGGCAAGGUCGGCCUCGUGCACGCCAAGAACGUGCUGGUGGUGGGCAGGGCCAGGCCGAGCCUCCUCUCGGGGCCCGAGCUGAGCACCUCGGUGCUGCUGGAGCAGAUCCUGCGACCCUGUAAGUUCCUCACCUACAUCUACGCCUCGGUCAGGACCUUGCUCAUGGAGAACGUCAGCAGCUGGCGCUCUUUCGCCGAUGCCUUGGGCUACGGCAACCUGCCGCUCACCUUUUUCUGCCGGGCCGAGCUGGACAGUGAGCCCGAGCGGGUGGCGUCCGUUCUGGAAAAGCUCAAGGAGGAUUGUAACAACACGGAGAACAAAGAGCGAAAGUCCUUCCAGAAGGAGCUCAUGAUGGCCUUACUGAAAAUGGACUGCCAGGGCCUGGUGGUCAGACUCAUCCAGGACUUUGUGCUCCUGACCACGGCGGUGGAGGUGGCCCAGCGCUGGAGGGAGCUGGCCGAGAAGCUCGCCAAGGUGUCCAAGCAACAGAUGGACGCCUACGAGUCUCCCCACCGGGACAGGAACGGGGUCGUGGACAGCGAGGCCAUGUGGAAACCCGCCUAUGACUUUUUACUGACGUGGAGCCACCAGAUCGGGGACAGCUACCGGGACGUCAUCCAGGAGCUGCACAUAGGCCUGGACAAAAUGAAAAACCCCAUCACCAAGCGCUGGAAACACCUCACGGGGACUCUGAUCCUGGUGAACUCCCUGGACAUCCUGAGGGCAGCGGCCUUCAGUCCUGUGGACCAUGACGACUUUGUCAUUUGA